CGCUCCUCCCCAAUUUCCACACCGCCUUCCGUUCCGUAACGCAUUCGGCCGUUCCCCAUUCUCCACCGAUUUGGCCCGACGAGGUCGCCUUCCCGCAAUCCCGCUGUGCCCGAGCCCAACGCCGCGUCGCCCCUGCGACAGAGGAGGAGGAGGAGGAGGAGGAGGAGGAUCCCAAAUUCUCCAUCCCUAUGGCAACGCGUGCGCAGCCGCAGUCUUCUUCGACCGGAUCCGUGACGGUGACGAUCGAUGCGUCGUCCUCCACCUCAGCCCCGCCCCCGGCGGCCGCGUCGGCGCCGGCGCCGGCCCCCGAGGCGGUGGUGCUGCGCCUGAAGCGGCGGGCCAAGAAGAAGGUGUCGUGGAAGGAGGGGACGGUGGACAACGAGGGCCUGGGCCGCAAGAGCUCGAAGAAGUGCUGCAUAUUCCACAAGGAGGUCCCCUUCGACGAGGACUGCAGCGACGACGAGGCCCCCGGCGGCGGCCACCGGUGCCCUCGCCCUCACGGUGACGCCGGCGAGGGGACCAGCGGCGGCGGCGGGUGCUCGUCCUCUUCCCACGACCAUGGCCAUGGCCAUGGUCACCGCUGAUCUCCGGUGCGGGUUAUUGGGCCUUCUCGAUCUCCUUAGGUAUUGGGCGACAAUCGAUGUUUAUGUUCAAUCAGGCCUGAUGUAAUUAGUUGAGUGAAAACACCAAAUUCGUGCUCUAUGGUUGGAAGAGAUGUUUUUGUGGUCGGUAUAAUUGUUGUACUGGUGCUUGACAAGCAAACAGGGCAAUCGUUUGCUGAAUUAAAUGUUGACACCUAUGUUUUGCUUAAUAUGAUUUGAAGCCUGGUUGUUAUUUCUGCC